GCAGCGGCCAAGGUGGCCAGGGCUAUCCCCCAAGUGGCGGCUACCCGCCGCCCAGCGCGGAGGCGCCCGCCGCCGACUGGCCGCCGGCCGCGGGCCACGGCGGCCCGCCCGAGGGCGCGUCCCGCUCGCUCGGCGGCGGCGGCCACGAGUAUGGCCCGCGGCCGCCCGGCGCCUACGCAGCGCCGGGCGCCGGGAGAGCCACGACAGACACCAGGGCCCCGUGCCGACGCACAGGAGAUGCAAGAGCCGCCCGCCAUGGGCACGGCAGCGUCGUGGCAGCCGCUGCCACCGCCGCCGAUGCCCCCGCCGCAGCAGCGCUGGCAGCAGGACCCCCGGCGCAGCAGCAGCAGUACGGCCAGGCCCGGGGCCAGCCGCCCC